CCUAACUGUUGUGAAUGACAUUUAUCCCACUUCAGUAUUUUCAGUAUUAAAUAUCUAAGAUAAUCUUACAAAAUGUCGGAAAAGACAAACCUACUAACGUUACAGUGAACAGGCAUUAUUGUCUUAUCUACUGAAGCCAGCACACUGGGGCGUAGUGCCUCCUCAUCAGUCAUUGCUUUCUGUUCCUCUGAAGACUGAAGACAGUUAACUUCACUACAGCUAUGGCAGAUGGACCUUAUAAAUACAUUAGGGAUGCUGAUGGCAAAGUCAGCAGGGUGAUCCGUGUUGGCACCAGAAAAAGCCAGCUGGCUCGGAUUCAGACAGACAGUGUUGUAGAGAAACUCAAGGAGUUCUACCCUGAUGUUCAUUUUGAAAUAGUGGCUAUGUCAACAACAGGAGAUAAAAUUCUUGACACAGCUUUAUUCAAAAUUGGUGAAAAGAGUCUCUUCACAAAAGAACUGGAAAAUGCUUUGGAGAAAAAUGAGGUAGAUCUGUUGGUGCACUCUUUGAAAGACUUGCCAACUGUUCUUCCUGAAGGCUUCACUAUAGGAUCUGUGCUGAAGCGAGAAAACCCUCAUGAUGCUGUUGUCCUGCACCCCAAACAUAAAGGCCAAUGUCUAGAGUCUCUAGCCAACAAGAGUGUUGUAGGUACCAGUUCUCUUCGCCGGGCCGCCCAACUAAAGAAAAGAUUUCCAAAUCUGGAGUUUAAAGACAUUAGAGGUAAUCUCAACACUCGUCUAAAGAAGCUGGAUGAAAAGGAUGACUUUUCAGCCAUCAUUUUAGCAGCAGCUGGUCUUCGGAGAAUGGGCUGGGAGAAUCGCAUCAGCCAGAUCCUUGGGCCUGAUGUCUGCAUGUAUGCAGUUGGACAGGGUGCUCUGGCAAUCGAAGUGAGAGCUCGAGACCAGGACAUCCUGGAAAUGGUGUCAGUAUUAAAUGACUCCGACACUGUGUUGAGAUGCAUGGCGGAGAGAGCCUUCCUCAAACACCUGGAAGGGGGAUGCAGUGUUCCAGUUGCUGUUUACACUGAAGUUAAGAAUUCACAGCUCUACCUGACUGGAGCGGUGUACAGUCUCGAUGGUUCAGACAGUCUGAAGGAGACCAUGCAGACAAGCAUCAGCUCUGACAGUCAGGCUGAGGAACAGGAGAAGGUUGAUGAGAAGGUCCAGCGUGUGGGCAUCACUGCAUUAAAGGUGUCAGAGGCACCUCAGGACGCCGCAGUGAAGUUAGGAGUGGACCUCGGGAAUCUGCUGCUCGGCAAAGGGGCCAAAGAGAUACUGACUGUAGCCAGACAGCUUAAUGAUGCGCGAUAGCUAUAUCAUAGCUGAAGACCAACCACCCCUUCCAGAAGUAUUUUUAUAAGAAGUGUUAUCGUGUCAUUCUAUGGCCUUUAUAUUUUGUGUGUUAUUAUUUUUCAAAGAAAACUUUUCUUUUUAUUUACUGGAGUUUAAUGAAUGUCAAUUUGCAGCUGCUACUUAAAACAGACUUGCAGUAAAUGAUCCCAGGAUGCAUAUUUUCUGGAGCUGCUUGAAGUAUCAUCUACAUUUUACCUUCACUGACUCUGGUUAUAUGUACACGUGAAUGUGUACAACAUAAUCUGUGAACCAUUACAAAACGUUUUGUGUGAUAGAGUCAGCUGAGUUUUUUUUUUUUUUUCGUAGAUGGAGGGUUUGUUAGUACAAUGUUUUUCAUUUCAUCUCAGACAUUUGCCACUGAUAUAUUUUGUGCAUUUGUUAAAUGUUAUCAUUGAAUCUUUUAAAUCGAAUGUAACAUCAGUGCCUGGAAAUGUAAAAUAUCACCUCUGCAAAUAUCUUUGUGUAUUAGCUCUAGUCUGAUGCAGAUGUCAUUUGUAUGGAGUCUGGAGGCAAGGCCUGAGCCUUUUCAUUCACUCCACUCAAAUUCAUUGUCCUUGCUUUAUUUAUUUGGCUAAAUGUAUUUUAGCAUCCUCUUUGCCUGCAUUUGUAUGAUAAAACAUGAUCAAAGUAUUCUGUUGUAGUAUUCUGAAACACAGUUUUAUUUAUUUCUUUUUUGGUUGGUUGGUUUACAGCCAUAGUUUAACUCAUACCAUGUUGAAUCCGUGUGAGCAUAUGCAAGAUUCUUCGAAUGUGAUGAAAUGAUUGAAUUCUAUAAAAUACUUUCAGUUCUUCGUUU